AUGGGUAUCCUCGAGAAAAUGGCCUGGUCCAAGAGCACCAGGAUCAAGGUCAUGAUCGCAAUUGACACGGCCUUCUUCCUGCUCGAGCUCGUUACCGGUUUCCUCGCCCAUUCGCUGGCCCUCAUGGCCGAUGCCUUCCACAUGCUCAAUGACAUCAUCUCCCUGGUUAUCGGCCUCUGGGCUGUCAAGGCAUCCCAAAAGGUCUCAACCGACCAGUUUACCUUUGGUUGGGUUCGCGCCGAGAUUCUAGGUGCCUUCUUCAACGCCGUCUUCCUCAUCGCCCUCUGCGUCUCCAUCGUCCUCGAAGCCCUGACCCGAUUCAUUGAGCCUCCCGAGAUCAACAACCCCAAGCUCAUGCUCAUUGUUGGCGGCGCCGGUCUCUUUUCCAACUUUGUCGGAUUCUUUGUUCUCGGCGGCCACGGCCAUUCUCACGGACCUGGUGGACACGACCACGAUCACGAUCACGACCACGACGGACACGAUCAUGCACACGGCCACUCGCAUAACCACGCUCACGACGAAGAGGAAGGCCAUGCCGGAUACCAUAGCCACGAAGAUGCCAGCGACGUCCCUCCCGAGGUCGUUGUUCGCCGCGCGACUGAGCAUCGCCACACUAGGGAGGAGUCCAGCACCAGCAACCGACAUUCCACGCAUUCGAGGGGCCGACAUUAUCGCCGAUCCAGUAGGAGUGGACAUUCGCGAUUCUCCAACUUCGAAGAUAUUAGCAUUCACCCGGCAAGCUUCCGACAGGAUAUCAUCGCCGCAACAAUGGGAGAGUCCCCCAGUGACAGUGAAGUCGAUUCGGAGACCCCUCUUAUGGAUGAGGAGGCGAACGAGGAAUCACCUCUUCUCAAGGGCGUCCCUAGGAAUGGCAGUUCUCUUGUCAAUACCACGCAGACCACUCUUGUCCAAUCUCAUUCUCAUUCUCACUCCCCCCGACGACGCCGAGACUCGAGUGUUCACAACGGUCACCACCACACCCUGCCCAAGCAGCCUGGCAAGAAGAGCAGCCAUGGCCACAGUCACGAUGACAUGGGUAUGAACGCCAUGAUUCUUCACGUCAUCGGUGAUAUGCUCGGCAACAUUGGUGUUAUGGCUACCGCUCUGAUCAUCUGGCUUACCGACUGGCCUGGAAAGGUGUAUGCCGAUCCCGCUGUCUCUCUGUUCAUCACCGCCAUCAUUCUCAAGACUUGCAUUCCUCUCACACGCGGUACCGCACGAGUCCUGCUCCAGGCUACCCCUGAGCACAUCAGCAUUCCCGAGAUUCGCCAGGAUAUCGAGGCACUCCCCGGUGUUAUUACCUGCCAUCACAUUCACGUCUGGCAGCUUUCCGACACAAAGCUCGUCGCCAGCAUGCAUAUCCAGGUCUCUUUCCCCAUCGACUCGCAUAGUGGUGAGAAGUACAUGGAGCUGGCUCGCCGGGCCAGGAAGUGUCUCCACGGCUUUGGCAUCCACAGCGCCACCAUCCAGCCCGAGUUCUGCUUCGACCAGAAGCACCGGCACGACGCAGACGCUCAGGCUCUUACCCUCGAUGGCACCUUUGACGGCAUUAAAGGUGACGCAUGUCUUCUCGAGUGCAUCGACGACUGCCAGGCCCAGGGCUGCUGCCCGAGUAGAGAAGCUUCCUCCAGGGGUUCUUCGAUUCGUCGAGCCAGUGACUCGUCACACAGCCAGAGCAGUCCUCAUAGACAUGAGCAUUGA